GUGUCUGAGUAAUUGGGGUGAUGAUGUCCAAUGUUGUCUCCUGGUAUGGACACCGGGGUGCUGCUCCCGAGGUCACGAGGUCAGUGUCUCUGCAGGUGGAUAUUGUUCCCAGCCAAGGGGAGAUCAGCGUUGGAGAGUCCAAAUUCUUCCUAUGCCAAGUGGCAGGAGAUGCCAAAGACAAAGACAUCUCAUGGUUCUCCCCCAAUGGAGAGAAGCUCACUCCGAACCAGCAGCGGAUCUCAGUCGUGUGGAAUGACGAUUCCUCUUCCACUCUCACCAUCUACAAUGCCAACAUUGAUGACGCUGGCAUUUACAAGUGUGUGGUCACCGGCGAGGAUGGCACUGAGUCAGAGGCCACCGUCAACGUGAAGAUCUUCCAGAAGCUCAUGUUCAAGAAUGCACCAACCCCUCAGGAGUUCAGAGAGGGAGAAGAUGCUGUGAUCGUGUGCGAUGUGGUCAGCUCCCUCCCCCCAACCAUCAUCUGGAAACACAAAGGCCGAGAUGUCAUUCUGAAAAAAGACGUCCGAUUCAUAGUGCUGUCCAACAACUACCUGCAGAUCCGCGGCAUCAAGAAAACAGACGAGGGCACUUACCGCUGUGAGGGCAGAAUCCUGGCACGGGGGGAGAUCAACUUCAAGGACAUUCAGGUCGUUGUGAAUGUGCCUCCCACCGUCCAGGCCAGGCAAAGCAUUGUAAACGCCACUGCCAACCUCGGUCAGUCUGUCACCCUGGUAUGCGAUGCUGAAGGCUUCCCAGAGCCCACUAUGAGCUGGACCAAGGAUGGGGAGCAGAUAGAGAAUGAGGAAGACGAUGAGAAGUACAUCUUCAGCGACGACAGUUCUGAGCUGACCAUCAGGAAGGUGGAUAAGAACGAUGAGGCGGAAUAUGUCUGCAUUGCCGAGAACAAGGCUGGCGAGCAGGAUGCGUCCAUCCACCUCAAAGUCUUUGCAAAACCCAAAAUCACUUAUGUAGAAAACCAGACAGCCAUGGAACUGGAGGAGCAGGUCACUCUUACCUGUGAAGCCUCAGGAGACCCCAUUCCCUCUAUCACCUGGAGAACUUCCACCAGAAACAUCAGCAGCGAAGAAAAGACUCUGGAUGGGCACAUGGUGGUGCGCAGCCAUGCCCGUGUGUCCUCCCUGACCCUGAAGAGCAUCCAGUACACAGACGCCGGAGAGUAUAUCUGCACCGCCAGCAACACUAUUGGCCAGGAUUCCCAGUCCAUGUACCUGGAAGUGCAAUAUGCCCCCAAGUUACAGGGCCCUGUGGCUGUGUACACUUGGGAAGGGAACCAGGUGAACAUCACCUGCGAGGUAUUUGCCUACCCCAGUGCCACAAUCUCAUGGUUUCGGGAUGGCCAGCUGCUGCCAAGCUCCAAUUACAGCAAUAUCAAGAUCUACAACACCCCCUCGGCCAGCUAUCUGGAGGUGACCCCAGACUCUGAAAAUGACUUUGGAAACUACAACUGCACUGCAGUCAACCGCAUUGGCCAGGAGUCCUUGGAGUUCAUCCUUGUUCAGGCAGACACCCCCUCUUCACCAUCCAUCGACCAGGUGGAGCCAUACUCCAGCACAGCACAGGUGCAGUUUGAUGAGCCUGAGGCCACAGGCGGUGUGCCGAUCCUCAAGUACAAGGCUGAGUGGAGAGCCAUGGGCGAGGAAGUGUGGCAUUUCAAGUGGUACGAUGCCAAAGAAGCCAACUCGGAGGGCAUCGUCACCAUCGUGGGCCUGAAGCCGGAGACGACCUAUGCAGUGCGACUGGCAGCCCUCAACGGCAAGGGGCUGGGAGAGAUCAGCGCGGCCUCCGAGUUCAAGACGCAGCCAGUCCGGGAACCCAGCGCACCCAAGCUCGAAGGGCAGAUGGGAGAAGAUGGAAACUCUAUUAAGGUGAACCUGAUCAAGCAGGAUGACGGCGGCUCCCCCAUCAGACACUACCUGGUCAAGUACCGAGCGCUGUCCUCCGAGUGGAAACCUGAGAUCAGGCUCCCAUCUGGCAGUGACCACGUCAUGCUUAAAUCCCUGGAUUGGAAUGCUGAGUACGAGGUCUACGUGGUGGCUGAGAACCAGCAAGGAAAAUCCAAGGCCGCUCACUUUGUGUUCAGGACCUCGGCGCAGCCCACGGCCAUCCCAGCAACCUUGGGAGGCAGCUCUGCGUCCUACACCUUUGUCUCAUUGCUUUUCUCUGCCGUGACUCUUCUUUUGCUCUGUUAGAAACUCGAACACAACAAUUAAAUUUGCUUACAAGCCCAGUUCCUAUGAAAAUGAUCAGUGCCCCCUUUGGAAGAGCUGGUCAGGACCACCAUGGCCACAGACACCAAGCAAGCAUUCUGUGUGGAAGAGGAAGGUCUUGCAAUUGGACAAAGCUUUACGUCCAGACAUUUUCCAUGCCCAGAUGCUUUCGUGCCACUUCAUAUGGAGUUUGCCCCUAUUUAAUGGCAGUAAAAAGCAUUCAAGAGCUCUUUCUUUAUUAUUUUGAAAAGCAUUAUGCUAAGUUCACAGAGAAGUUUCCACUUACCUGCUACUUUUUGCCGUUUUUUGUUCAAACCUAAAAUGAUGUAGCAGAGGAAGAAUCUUCAGUACCAUUUAAAGCUGGCAGCAGAAUCGUAAAAGUCACUACAUGCCUCCCUCAUUCUAACUCUGUGCCCUUCCUCUGCCUUCAAUAAGUAGUUGGCUGUGCUUGCAUUGAAGUAUUUACGUGCCCACGUUCAGAAAGUCGGACCGCUGUGUUCACCUGAGCGGUGAUGGGCAAAUUAGAUCCCCUGUUGAAUCUGCCAUGGAAGAAGUUGAGUUUGUUGGAUAUUCGGGGGGACUGAGAAACGUUCUGGGGGCCACUUUGGUCCUUGUAUUGUAAUCAGCACCUUACACCAUCUGUGAUCAAGGCCAACCCUGAUGUGCCCAGCGCAUGCCGGCUUUGAAGGUGCUUGUCUCCCAGUUGGGGUGAUUUCCCUGUCUGCACGGAGUGAGCUGCAGAUCAGCACAGAGCCUCCAUGGCUUGGGGGACUGUGGUCCGACAGUGACCCACAUAAUCGCUCUAAGCAUCUGUCCACCGGGCAGGGCAGACGCAUCCACUGUGAAGCAGGCAGGGGUCCCACCUUCCUGGUGUGCGCCCAGAAGCUCGGAAGGGGCGGGACAGGCCGUUCCCAGUCUGCCCAACCCCUGGAGGGUCAAUAACAUGGGAUCGAGUCAGCCUGUCAGUUCUUUCUGAAGGUCCCUGCCUCUCUCAGCCAGUUGAUUCAGUGACAUUUUUUUAAAACUUUAACGAAAAGCCAGGUGCUCCUGUCUGCUGCCAGGAGUUCACCCAGGAGAGGAAGUGGUGCAUUUGUUAAGGUCGGACGCAUAGAGACCCAGGGCUGAGUCCAGCCCAUUAUAUCAGCCUGUGUGCUCGGGGACGGGCCUUCCACAGAAUAAAAACUCCCCCCCUCCGUGUGCUCACAUAUCAUUCUACAUAUCUCAUCUCUGAGCUUCUCCAUGGAAGUCUGAUUUUUGUUCAUUUUUGGUUUCUUUAUAUAUAGUUUUUCUGUUGUUAUUUUUCUAAUGCUCACAAAUUAGCCUUUCCCGUUGGGAUUCCCAGUGGCCCCACACUGUGGUCUGUGGGCAGAAUCGCCUGCUCUAGGACCUGUCAGUGUCCCCCGCUCAAUGCAAACAACCAGAGGCUGCUUGCUGCUUGGCAGCUUGGGCCAGGGGGUGUCUCUUGCCCCUGCCACAAAUCUCUCCCCCUGGAGUCCCUGCCCUCAUGUCACACCAGGGCAGCAGAAGCAGGCACAGGGCAGAGCAGCAGGAAAGGAAGUGGCACCUCCGGGGCUUGGUGUAAGAUCCUCAGGCCAGUUAGGAAGAGAUACACAGUGAGCAAGGGGAGAACCCCCCCCUCUAUCCUCCUGGCCCUUGUGAUGGCCUUGGGCAGAAGUCACGUUCAUUCACCCUGAGAAGUGACACCCCUGACAGCUCACUUGGUGUCAGGCCCACCCAUAGGGGAAGUGCAGAGUCAGUGUCUGAAGGGACCCUUUAGAGAUUCGGCCCUCAGUGUAGAAGGACCCGAAUUAGCUCUCCCUGUCCCUUCCGCAUAUUUCAGGGCCUGCAGGCCUCAGCCGAAGCACCUUUGGCAUCAUUGCACUGGGCCCUUUUAGACAGGCCUGGGCUGGUGGUGGUACACCCUUUGGGAGACAGCAUCAGCGCACACCCACUCCCACUGGACACUGAAUCCCCAGGGAAGGCCGCAGCCCCCGGCCCCAGCAGGAGCCCAUAAGCUGGCGGCCCUCAGAGAUCCCUGCAGGAGUGAGCACUCCCCAGCUUACUCAGACGGCACUGCCUCCGCGCCCUGCAUUAGUGCUGUCCACGCCGCACACGCCGUGGGGUGUCUCUGCUCAUUUGGGGAGUAUUUAUACAGCAGGUUUGGAUCACGUUUUUCUACUAAUAAGAAGCUAACAUUGUGUAGAUAAUCAGCGAGGCCUUACGAAGUUCACACCUUUGCAUUAUUAAAGGAAAUAACAGUU